UGAAGUGGAAAUACUGUCACAGUGAGUUUCCCCAAAAGCCACUAGCAGCAAUCAAGCCAUUAGUGCCUUUGAGAUUAAAGAAUUUGGCUACGAGUCACCUGGUUUUGAGAGGAAAGGCAUCCCAGAUGAUCUGUGAUCAUAGGAACUUCACACUUGGACAGUUGGAAGCUGGCUGUUUGCCUGCAAAUGAGCUGGCUCCUCACCACAAAGGUGGAACAACUCCUCGCUGGUGUUGUCGCUUCCAGCAAUGGCUGCCAGCUGCUUAGGGCACAGACGCGAAGGAGAGGAUCAGAUCUUCUCUGUCAUCUGCAGAAUCACAUCGUGCGUGUAGGAGAAGCAACAGAAGCAGCAGAGACCUCCUUUGCCCAAAGCUGGGAGUGAAGGUAGAUACAGAAGAAGGACCUUUAGGUGACAGAAGAGUGAGUAAACCUGUUUUACUAGUGGUGAGGAAAAGAGGAGAUUGAUGGAAGAGAAAGGAGUGUGGAAACACAAUGGAAAUGAAGAUAGAUGGUGGAAAACAAAAGAUAAGAGGAAGCACAGAGGAGCAUAUAUAUGGCAGGAUGGAGGACAACCAGUGACGAAGAAAUAGGAGCAGAAGGAACAAGGUUUUGGACCAUAGGACAAAUAUUAAUUAAAAAAAAAACCAGGAGUGGCAAGGCGAUAGAGAACUGUAGAUAGAAAGAAGGAAAGACAAGUGGUAUGGAGGAUGUCGGCUCAUCAUUGGGGGAAGGCUUUUGCGAAAAGCAUACGUCCCACGGAGAUGGACGGCAGGAAGUUUCCUCUCGAACUGGGCGGUCCGGAGCUCGUUGCAGGAAUUCUAUAGCUUCCUGCGCCGAUGAGCAGCCACAUAUUGGAAAUUACAGACUCCUCAAAACGAUUGGAAAGGGGAAUUUUGCAAAAGUGAAGCUGGCAAGGCACAUCCUUACAGGCAGAGAGGUUGCCAUAAAAAUAAUUGACAAAACACAGCUGAAUCCAACUAGUCUACAAAAGCUCUUUAGAGAAGUAAGAAUAAUGAAGAUCUUAAAUCAUCCAAAUAUAGUGAAGUUAUUUGAAGUCAUUGAAACUGAAAAAACUCUCUAUUUAAUAAUGGAAUAUGCGAGUGGGGGGGAGGUGUUUGACUAUCUGGUUGCACAUGGAAGAAUGAAGGAAAAGGAGGCUAGAGCUAAAUUUAGACAGAUAGUAUCUGCAGUGCAGUAUUGCCAUCAAAAGCAUAUUGUUCAUAGAGAUCUCAAGGCUGAAAAUCUAUUACUAGAUGCAGAUAUGAACAUUAAAAUAGCUGACUUUGGUUUUAGCAAUGAGUUUACAGUGGGAAAUAAACUGGACACCUUUUGUGGCAGCCCACCAUAUGCUGCUCCAGAACUUUUUCAAGGGAAGAAAUAUGAUGGACCUGAAGUAGAUGUUUGGAGUUUAGGUGUUAUUCUUUAUACCCUUGUGAGUGGAUCUCUUCCUUUUGAUGGACAGAACUUAAAGGAACUUAGAGAAAGAGUACUAAGGGGAAAAUACAGGAUUCCUUUCUACAUGUCCACAGACUGUGAAAACCUCCUCAAACGUUUCCUGGUGCUAAACCCAACGAAAAGAGGCACUCUAGAGCAAAUUAUGAAGGACAGGUGGAUCAAUGCAGGGCAUGAGGAGGAUGAACUCAAACCUUUUGUUGAACCAGAACUAGACAUCUCGGACCAGAAAAGAAUAGAUAUUAUGGUAGGAAUGGGAUAUUCUCAAGAAGAAAUUCAAGAAUCCCUUAGUAAAAUGAAGUAUGAUGAAAUCACAGCUACGUACUUACUGCUAGGAAGGAAAUCAUCAGAGUUGGAUGCAAGUGAUUCAAGCUCCAGCAGCAAUCUUUCACUUGCCAAAGUUAGGCCAAGUAGUGAUCUAAAUAAUAGCACUGGACAAUCUCCUCAUCACAAAGUUCAGAGAAGCAUAUCUUCUAGCCAGAAGCAGCGGCGGUACAGUGAUCAUGCUGGACCAUCCAUCCCCCCAGUAGUGGCAUAUCCCAAAAGAAGCCAGACUAGCACUACAGACAGUGACCUCAAAGAGGAAGGAAUUCAGUCAAGAAAAUCUAGCAGUAGUGCGGUUGCUGGAAGAGGAAUUGCACCAGCUAGCCCAAUGCUUGGAAAUGCCAGCAAUCCAAAUAAGGCUGAUAUUCCUGAACGUAAGAAAAGUUCGGCUGUUCCUAGUCUUCUCAGUCGUUCCUGGAAAAUUGACCGCCAACUUGGGCAUAUCUCCACCCUCUUUCUCUGUAAAGACAGAGGCAAAAAUAAUACUGCCCCUGGAGCAAUGACACGGCGCAACACAUAUGUUUGUAGUGAAAGAACCACUGCUGAUAGGCAUUCAGUGAUACAAAAUGGCAAGGAGAACAGCCUGACAGAAAUGUUCGCUUACGCAGCUAGCCCUGCUUCAGUUUGUACUACAUCCUUCUCCAGUGUUCGGCUGCGACAUCAGAAGUCGAUGUCCAUGUCAGCCUCUGUGCACACGAAGAUGAUGUUGCCUCCAAUAGACAAUGGCGCAGAUAACUUCAGGCCUAUCACUAUUCCCGAUCAAAGAACUCCUGUUGCUUCAACUCACAGCAUAAGCAGUGCAACCACACCUGAUCGUAUUCGUUUCCCCAGAGGAACAGCUAGUCGGAGCACUUUCCACGGCCAGCUCAGAGAGCGUCGCACUGCUACCUACAACGGACCCCCGGCCUCCCCCAGUCUGUCCCAUGAAGCGACGCCGCUCUCUCAGACUCGAACCAGGGGUUCCACUAAUCUAUUUAGCAAACUAACUUCGAAACUAACAAGAAGAAACAUGUCAUUCAGGUUUAUCAAAAGGCUCCCGACUGAAUAUGAGAGGAACGGGAGAUUUGAGGGCUCAAGCCGCAAUGUAGCUGUGGAUCAGAAGGAUGAAAACAAGGAAGCCAAGCCUCGCUCGCUGCGUUUUACGUGGAGCAUGAAAACCACCAGCUCCAUGGAUCCCAAUGACAUGAUGAGGGAAAUCCGAAAGGUCCUGGAUGCCAAUAAUUGUGACUAUGAACAAAGAGAGCGUUUCUUGCUUUUCUGCGUCCAUGGAGAUGGGCAUGCGGAAAACCUUGUACAGUGGGAGAUGGAGGUGUGUAAACUGCCAAGACUGUCCCUGAAUGGAGUUCGCUUUAAGCGGAUAUCGGGAACAUCCAUAGCAUUUAAAAACAUUGCUUCCAAAAUUGCCAAUGAGUUAAAGCUGUAACAAGAAAAAUAGUUAAGUUGUAAAUUAGUUAGCAAGUGUUUUUGAGAAUUCCAAUGGAAAUGUAUAGAAUAACAUUUAGGCAAUAACUUCUGCAUCCUUCUGAAUAGUGAUAUUAAAAAAAAAGCUGCUGAGCUGGGAGGGAGAGUUGGACUUUUUUAUAAGUGCACUACAGCAUUAAAGUUGCCUACUAUGUAAAAUAUUACCCCUUCUGCUUUAUUUCCAUUGCUCCUAAGUCUUUUGACAACAAAUUGAAACACAGAAUAUAUUCAUUUAAAUAUGCCUCCUGUUUGUGUGGACGUGUGAAUGUACAGUAUGUGUGUAUAAUAUAUAAAGUAUUAUAUGUAAACAAUUCAUUUACAACAUCGAGCUGUACCAGUACCUCUUUUUGGGCUAAUUUUGGUGCUAAAAAUUGAAAUGGCCAAGGAGGAAACACUUGAGUUAAUAUUUAAAAUAACUGAAGAGAUAACUAGUAAACGCAGGUUUACAGUUCACUGCUGUGUUAAGGAAGAAAAAAAAGUGUGUGAAGGGUUUGGAUUUACGGUUGUGAACAUUAUUAGUCCUGUUUUCUAAGUAGAGCUCAUGAGAUUAUUAAAAGUUCACUUUUACUGAGUAAGUCUUGCAUUAUAUUUUGCCCACCUAUUUAUUAUUUAAGUCUGAAUCAAAAUUUUAAAAUGUAGUUGAUUUGUGCAUUAAAAUUUGGGUAAAUGCUUCCAUUCUUCUGCUUCUGCUAAACUACUAAAAUUGUAUCUUUGUCCUUUUGGUCUAUGAGUAUUGAUUGCAGCUAAGAGCAUUUCUCCAUUGCUCCAGAGUUCCUCUACAGAACAAUGCAGUACGCUAAACAUUGACUAGUGACUUUUUCUUUCAGACCAAGUUCUCCAUGUUAGACUAGGUCAGGCUGAUACAAAGCACAAAAAGACUCUCAAACAGCAACCAUGUUUUGAUGCAAGUCACCACAUCCAAGUCAGUGUCGUUCUGAGGUAUUGCUGCAGGUGUGGCAGUCCUUUGCUUUCUGGGUGUCUGCAGUACUGAAACCCAAAAGUGGGAAUCUAAUUUUUCUACUGAUCUCCUCCGUUGUAACAUCCAGCGUACUAAACUACAGCCAUAGGCAGCAGCAGUUGAAACUUUUCCUUGCAGCUCUCUUCCAGCGUGCUUCCACUUGGCUCUGGUUGUGUUGCUUUUGAUGGCUUUAUGCCAGCUGUGUCUCUAGAUUCUGCUGAGGAGUCCAUUGUCACUUUUGUGACAUACAGUGUGGAAACCUACCCCGAUGAACUCUGAUGGCCAACUAGCUUUCCAUAGGACACGAAGCUGCUAUCGGAUGGUCCCCACUUCUUAACCGUCACUGUGGUGAGCUGGAUUUGAUUUUUGCAGACUAGAAUCAAGAGAUUUCUUCAGGCUUUGUUUCCUAGUGAUACUCAAUUUAUUUCAUGAAGGACUUCUGUAGAUAAUAUCCCGCAUUAUCUACUUGACUUUUUGUAUUGAUGUUUUAUGGCUAUAUUUCAUUGAGGCACUUGAGCAUGUACUUCACAUGUGCUUUAAACUGGAGCCGAAAUUUGCAUUUUAAAUUUGCAGUGAGCUAAUAGUUAUUCAUAGUACACAGUUCAGAUUUGACACGAGGUGAAAAUGCAAACCCCUUAAUAUUUUGCAAGUUAGUUCUUGUGACCUGUAGUCUGUGAAGGCAGCAGACUUCCCCUCUCUUUCCCUAAGCAUUGAUAUUGAUUAUGCUAGUUAAAAGGGUAAUCAUAGUUGUUAAAUGUAGUAAAUAUUCCUGAAUUUGCAUUUUAUUCUCUGUAUAUUCUGUAUCCUGCCAUGGCUUUUAGAACUCCAGGUGUUCAGUUGGAGUUCAGUUGGCUUUCAGUGCUCUGCCCGUGCCUGUGCUGCUCGGUAUGGUUUUUGCCAUGAAAACUCCAUUUUGUAAUAGCAAUAAGACAUUUCAGGGCAGUCAUUGUACUUUCUCAGGUGAAGAGUCACCUAUCGUUUCACUUACUACAUUUUACACACUCCUCCAAAUGUAUUUUUUUCACCUGGCAGUGCACUUUGUUGUCUGAACUGAAAAAGUAUUCUGAUAAAUGAUGUAAAUCUGUAUUUGAUGGAAGUUCCAAAAGGUUUCAUAUUAAAUGUUUUCUGAAAUACUC